CCUUUUUAGCGUAAUCGAAUCAAAGCAAUAUGCAGCGAAAGUCAAACGUGACAAUAGUGGAAUUUAGGAAAGUCUUUUCACUGAUAAUUACACUGUAAUUGCGCCGUACACGCAUAUAUUGGCGGCACUUUGACGGUUAAUGACACGGGGAUUAAAUAUUAACGCGACACGCAAAUUACUAAAUUUCAGUAACCAAACGUGAACGAGAGAAAUCGUGAACCAGGAUUAUUUAGCGUACACCGCACCUUUGAAACCAGGCAGCAAAGACAUGCAAAGAUGACAAAGAGAUAAACAAAAUACUUGAGAACGAGCAGAAGUCAACUGAAUAGUUUGCGGAAAGAGAAAGAUUUCGGUUUUUUUAACACUUCCAAGCUAUAAUGUUACGUCGCCGUUGUACCUCGAUCGCGGAAGAACCAGAAGUCGAGAAGAACUCAGCGAGAGGAGUGGAAAGUGCCGAGAAUGCUGCACUUUCAGUUGACGCAAAGACGAGCGAGGAAAAAAGUCCAAGCAGUAGCACAGAGAACGGCGAGUUGUUGAGACGAUUUCUGUCGCUUAAACCUACUAAAUCUUCGACUUCGGCUUUGAGCGAGGACGAAUCGGGAAGUGAUCGGUAUUCGAUUUCCGACGACGAAUACAUCUUCGCCGAUGACGAAGAUAACCCGGACUUAAACAAACCUCUGGACAAAGACAAGCAUUUGUCAGCUAAAAAAAACAAUAAUGAUGUCAAAAAUGUAUCUAAAAGGGAAGAGGAGGCCUUGAAAUCCUCAAAACUGACUCCUGAUCAAAUUCGUGAAGUCAAAGAAGCUUUUCAUGUGUUUGACACCAAUGGUGAUGGUUGUAUCACAGCAACAGAGCUGAAGAAAUUGGUAACUUCCCUCGGGUACAACAUAACAGAGGCGGAACUCAUGGAUAUGAUGAACCAAAUAGAUGCAGACGGAAAUGGUGCUAUCGACUUCCCCGAAUUCCUCGCGCUUAUGUCGAAAAACCUAGAUGAUUGCGAUCCUGAAGACAUUCUACGCGAGUCCUUCAAGGUUUUCGACCGAGAUGGCAGCGGUUUUAUUGGAGUCGCUGAACUCGACCGAGUCUUCAAGCUCCUCGGUCAGGACUUUAAAGAUUACGAAAUCGAGGCUAUGGUAAAAGCCGCUGACGCCGAUGGUGAUGGGCUCGUGGGCUACGACGAUUUUAUGACGAUGAUGAAUGUCUGAAUGAAGGGUUCUUAGUUUCGUGUGAUCAGAGACAAUUUCUCCCAAGAAAUGUAGUAGAUUGCCAAGAAAGCGAGUGGGGAUACUGACAAAAACAAUCAUCUUUGACAUCUUGGAUGGAACUCGCCCCAAAUUUUUAAAUUUAACGUCGUGUGUAAGAUGCAAAACUCGUAGAAAGUUGAAGUAAGACACUAAAAUCUCUUCCAAAAGAAAAACUAGAAAAGCUAAAGAUCAGUAACAUAGGAGUGGUCACCUUUGCAGCCAUUCUUUAGGAUAACACGCAACGAUCCCAUUAAAUGGCAGCGAAAGAACCUGGUGCGCUUUUUUAUUGAGUGUCGUAAAGCCAAACCAAAGUAUUCACAACAGCCAAUCAGAUGAAAGGAAAUAUCACAAGGAGCCAAUGAGAACUAAGAGAACUCAAGAAACGUUCUUGAAGCGCGGGAAAACGCGGAUGACCAAUUCGUGAUUGGUUUAGUUUUGAAUCUGAUUGGUUCCGAGAAUGGCGCGAGUUUUAUCAACCAAUCACAGAGCGAAGCAGCCCAAAACUGAGCAAUCCCGAAUACUUUUGACAACAAACUGAUAAUUGCUUAAAAAGGCUGGCACAAGCGCGAAUUUCAUUUUUAUGUACAGGAUGACAAAAAGAGUUUUUUGUUUUGUUAUUUUAGGCCCUAAAUGUUGAAACGUAUUUUUUUU